AUGUCAAUCUGUGAAGACUCCUGGAAUGGCUGGACUCCUGCAGAUAAUGAUAGAUCUCCAACUGUUGUUGCUGGUUCCGACGAUAUCAAACAUUUCCAUGGAAUUGGAGUUAGAAUUCCCAGGGGUUAUGAUUACUUUAAUGAAACCAAUAACAAAAACUCUGGAUAUGUCACCCAACUCAAAGUAUCUCACUCAUUGAAUGGAAUCGAUUACAAAGAAUUUGGAAUCGUUGAGACUGGUCUUAAUCACACUACCUUUGACUAUUUCAAAAUUAUCUAUCUUUACAAUACCUACCAUAGUUCUGUCAAUGUCUAUGGUAGAAGUAUCAAAGUUCAACCAAUUAAAUGGGUUGGUGACAAGCCAUCUAUGAUUAUGGAAGUAAUUUAUUUCCCUAUCAAAUUGACUCAAUCAGGAACUGUUCGUUCAUUAGCUCCAAUUUUUUGGACACCAGCUGCAAAUGGUGUUGUCAGAGAGUUCAAACAAAAAGUAUCCUUUGAAUCUAGUUUCCUGGUUCCACCUAAAGUUGCUAUUUCACUCAAUACUCUUUCAAACAGCAAAGAAUCAUCGACAAUUGUUUCUCUUUCUGUUCAAAACGUAACCAGAUUCGAUUUCAUUGCCGUAUUUUCAUCAUGGGGAGAUUCUGUUAUUUGGGAUAUCAUUGGAACCUAUGUAGCAACUAUAGAUGAACAACUAUAUUAUCCUGAGGAACUUCCAACAACGAAUUGGUAA